AUAUUGUGUUACGCGUGUGGUCGUGUGUCUGAAGAAGGAUUUUGUUUUAAGAUUCACAUUACACAUUGACUGAAGACCGGACCAGUACAGCUUUUGAGGAACAAUGGUUUUUACGUUCAAGUUAUUCACUACUCUGAUGUUCCUGACAUGUCUAAAUGCCAUAGAAGAGGACGAUAUCCGAGCUGGCUGCAGCACGGCAGCGAAUGAUCUAGUCUACAUCAUAGAUGGCUCGUGGAGUGUGGGCCACAAUGACUUCGAGAAGGCCAAGAGCUGGCUCGUCAAUAUCACCAGCGGCUUUGACAUCAGCUCUCAGUAUUCCCAGGUGGCUGUGGUGCAGUACAGUGACACCCCUCGUCUGGAGAUCCCCCUGGGAAAGCACCAGGGUGGACCGGACCUCAUCCAGGCCAUCCAGGGCAUCAGCUACCUUGGUGGGAACACCCAGACUGGCCGUGCCAUCAAGUUUGCUGUGGACCACGUGUUCUCUUCCUCGUGGCGGGCCAGCGCAGUCAAGAACCGCAUUGCGGUUGUAGUGACGGAUGGGAAGUCCCAGGACGACGUGUUGGACGCCAGCAUUGAGGCGCGGGCGCAGGGCAUCAUCGUUUUCGCUGUGGGCGUUGGCACGGAGAUCACCACCUCCGAGCUGGUGUCCAUUGCCAACAAGCCGCCGGGGUCCUACGUGCUCUACGCUGAGGACUACACAAACAUAGACCGCAUCCGAGACGCCAUGCAACAGAGGCUGUGUGAGGAGUCGGUGUGUCCUACCCGUAUCCCGGUGGCUGCCAGGGAUGAAAAAGGCUUUGAGUUGAUGCUGGGAAUGAAGAUCCACCAGAAGGCCAAGAAGAUCCAAGGCUCUCUGUUGUCUGAAGCGGCCUUUGCCUUGACCUCGUCAACGGACAUCACUGAGAACACAAGGGACGUCUUUCCAGAAGGUCUGCCUCCGUCCUAUGUGUUCGUGGCUACGGUCCGUCUCAGAGGCUUGGCCAAACGGGACAAAUUUGACCUGUUGAGGAUCCGUUCUAAAAAUGGUGUCACCCAGACAGCAGUGACCCUGGACGGCGCGGACAAGUCUGUCACCUUCACGUCCACCAGCACCACCAAUCAGGAGCAGCUGGUCACCUUAAAUGUUCAGGGCAUUGGGAGCCUCUUUGAUGAAGGCUGGCACCAGCUGAAGCUGCUCGUGAGGCCCCGGCAAGUCACUGGUUUCCUGGACGACCGGCAGAUUCAGGAAGUGGCACUGGUGGAGCCGGUGAACCCGAUCUACAUCAACGGCAAGACGCAGGUUGCCAAGACGUUUGGGGCGGAGACCACAAUUCCUGUGGAGAUUCAGAAACUGCGUCUUUACUGUGACCCUCAUCAGAGCGAGAGAGAGACGGCUUGUGAAAUCUACUCUGUGGAUGAUGAGAGGUGUCCGCUGCACCGUGAGCCAGCAGUGGAAGAUUCGGAGUGUGAUUGUGGACCUCCUGGACCUCCUGGACCUCCUGGACCAAUGGGUCUCCGGGGUGAGACAGGAAGAACAGGCCCACCAGGCCCUGAUGGUAAGCCUGGCGGGUCUGGAGAACCUGGGUUACCAGGUGAGAAGGGUGAGGUGGGCCCAGGAGGACCCAGCGGUGCACCAGGGCUGACAGGCUCUAAAGGCGAGAGAGGAGAUCCAGGACUGCCAGGGAAACCGGGCCCACCGGGCCCGAAGGGUCCUGCCUCACGACUGAACGUUGGCACUAUUGGAAUGCCAGGGAAAAUGGGACGUUCAGGUGAGAAAGGAGAAGCCGGACCUCAAGGAGAGACUGGACCAAUGGGGGAACCAGGGCUUACGGGCAGAGAUGGGGGGAUGGGACCGAUGGGACCAAAGGGAGACAAGGGAGAUAUUGGAGUGUCUGGUCCUGAUGGACAACAGGGGGUACCGGGGAUCCGAGGACUUCCUGGAGAGGCGGGGCCAACCGGACCUCAGGGAGAGAGAGGAGAAGUCGGGCAGAAGGGUUCAGCAGGUUCUAAAGGUCCACAGGGGAUUCAAGGCCCUCAGGGAGACCCAGGAGCCAGUGGACGUGAUGGCCCAAAGGGAAGCUCUGGGGAUCGAGGUACAGAUGGCUCUCCUGGACUGCCAGGCCAAAAGGGCACACCAGGAGAGACAGGUUUCCCUGGGUUACCGGGCACCAAUGGACUACCAGGGUUCAAAGGUCACAAGGGAGAAUUUGGAGAGACGGGUCCCAGAGGCAGUCAGGGUGAACGAGGCACCGAUGGAGCCCCUGGAAACCCUGGAAUGCCAGGUGAAGCUGGGCCCAUGGGAGCCAAAGGAGAGAAAGGUUUAGUGGGGGACAGUGGUGUCAAAGGGUCUGACGGGAAGAAGGGGGACAGGGGUGAAGCGGGGGCCGCGGGCCCACGGGGAUCUCCAGGCAAUGACGGGUUGCCUGGGCAACCGGGAACUCCGGGCUACCCUGGAAAGCCUGGGAAGCUUCCCUCCGACGACUACUUGAUGAAGCUCUGUAGCGAUGUGUUGCGGAACCAGCUCCCUCAGCUGCUGCAAACGCUAGCCCCUCCCAGCAGGUGUGAGCCAUGCGAGACAGUGAAGGGACCCCCAGGACAGCCUGGAGCACCAGGACUCAAAGGUUCCACAGGAACCCAGGGCUACCCGGGUAGGACCGGCUCACCUGGAUACCCAGGACCGCCUGGCAUGCAGGGACCUCAGGGUGUCAAAGGCGACACUGGAGCGAGAGGACUCAAAGGCGCUAAAGGAGAGGGACGCCCUGGUUCACCAGGCCCUCCUGGACAGUCAGGAGUUCAGGGACCUCGCGGAUCCGACGGCAUCGGGCGUCCGGGCCCUCAUGGGAUGCCAGGAAAGCCAGGAAGCCCUGGAAUGCCAGGGAAACGAGGGUCGUCAGGUCUACCAGGAGUUUGUGACAUAUCUUCUUGCUACCAGGCCUACAACCUCAGAAAUGAUCCUUACAGCAAAGGACCCAACUUUUAAGAUUACGGGGCCCGAAGAAGGGAGGCUGGCAUUGGCUAGAAGCCCUAAAGGGAAUCCAAUAUGGUGGGCUUUUUAGCAGAGGACAAUAUACUGGUGCAGGCUUUUGAUCUGGUCUUACAGCAACACAAUCAACAGGAAUAAAAAUAUGCACCCACUCAAACCAUUUCCAACUGACACCUGCAAAUUGGACGCCUCUUCUUCAGACAGACAUAUGAGAAUAUUUUUGUCCUAAUUUCCUGAAAAUUUGACUAUACUAAGACUUAUAUUGAGUGGUUUCAUAUACUGUAUUUUUGUAGU